CCUCCAAAAAUUAGUGUUAACAAAAUGGCAAGCUCUUCUUCGAAAUCUUCGCUCUCCUUAAAAAUUCCGACACUUUACGCACUUACAAUACAAGAACCUUUUGCAACAUGUAUAAUUCAUGGUCCAAAACGUUUAGAAAAUAGAACAUAUUAUUUAGACAUUCAACAGUUGAUCUCUGCAUCUAAUUCUAAAACUAAUGAUGGAAUCUGGAUAGCAAUUCACGUUUCACAAUCAAAACGUAAUCUUGGACCAAAAGAUUCGACCUGUGCUAUAAUAAAGUAUCAAUGUUGGUCGGAUUUACCUAGCGUGGAAGUGAUGAAACAAAAUUGUGGUAAAAUUAUUGGAUUAGCAAAAUUUUUUAAUUGUGUAGAAGCUAAAGACGUGCCGGAUGAUAACGUUUGGAAGAGCAUGGAGGAUGAUGAUGGUACAUGUAAAACAAAGCAUUAUUGUUGGAUGAUUGAUGAUGUUAAAGUUUUAGAUAAUCCUAUUAAAAGUAAAGGUUCUUCUGGAAUUUGGAAGGUGGAUGAUUUAAUUUCUAAACAGAUAUGGGAAAGUGUUGACAAAAUUUAAAAUUUAAUCUAUUAUUAAUUUUAUCAGAAUUUGGGGAGAAUUAAUUUGUUGUUAUUUUUAUAAAAUGUAUUGAAAACAAAAUUUCUUUUAAUUAAUUUUGAAGAUGGAUAUAUGUGAAAAAUGAGUAUAAAAAUCACACAGAACCAUAAUUACGGAAUCAUGGCGCUAAAAUUUGACGGAAUAUUUAUAUUGGUAUUAAGACAAUUUAUUAUAUGAUGUAUUACAUUGAAAGGAUUUACUUCGUUCGCUAUUGCAAUUAUAUUAAUGUCAAAUGCUCGUCCUUUUUCUUCAGCACCCGAUUAUGCUAGUUUCAAUUUAAUAAAGUGAAAAUAUAAACAUAAAAUUAAUUAUACAGGCUAAUGCGUGUAACCAUAGGUCAGUAUUCCGAGUACAGUGAAGAGACUGAGAUCGAAUUCACUGCAAUUUUCGACCAGAGAAGAAAAAAGGAGAAGCGUUCUCCUUCACAAAUGUACACCGU